CCUUCUUCGUUCAUUAAAGAGGGCGUUUUCGUGUGUACAAGUGGUUGACGGGCGACCAGCUGAUUGAAGGGAGAGCUGUCGUCAUGACGUCAUCUCAAUCGAAGAAAUGAACGGCCCAGGAGACGCACGUGACGAGAAAGAAGAGGAAGGGUUUGAUGAAGCGGAAGAUGAAGAAAACCAGGUGUGGCAAAGGACGACCAAGUUCCUCGAGUAUGACGCCGAGCAGCACGAGAUCGAGGUGGAGAUGGGCUUCGCGGAUCCUUCCAACCCCCCCGUCCCGGGAUGCAACCUCUACUACAUGCAGUGGAGAACAAGACGCUUCGUUGAACACUUCGUCGUGCGAGUGCUGACGGCGUUGCUGAUCUUGGUCGACAUGGUGAUCCUGUUCGUUGAUCUGUUCAACGAGCCCGCACCCAACGACCCGAUCGAGUACUGCUCUCUCGCGUUCUCCACCUACUUCAUGAUCGAAGUCACGCUCAGGAUAUUCGGACUCGGGCCGCAGGUGUUCUUCAGAGCCUGGCACAAUGUUCUCGACUGUUUCCUCGUCGUGUUCACCUUCAUCCUCUCCGUCGUGACCGUCUGCGUGGAGAACAUGUCGUCCAACCCCGUCAGCCUGAUCGUCAUUCUGCGGCUUAUUCGCCUGGUCCGCAUCACGCGCAUCAUCUGGCAGCGCGAAGACCUGAAGAUGGGGGCGCGCCAGUUCGUGUCCCAGAACAAGAGACGGUACCAACAGAAUGGCUUCGAUCUUGACCUCACCUACGUCAUGCCAAGGGUCAUCGCCAUGUCCUUCCCGUCCAGUGGCAGAAUGUCGAUGUAUAGGAAUGAUAUAAAGGAAGUGGUACGGUUCAUGGACACGCAGCACGCGGGUCACUACCGGAUCUACAACCUGUGUUCGGAGCGUCACUACGAUGAGUCGCUGUUCCAUGGCCGGGUGGAGCGGUUCCUCAUCGACGAUCAUAAUGUUCCUCCGCUGACGGACAUGUUGAGAUUCAGCGCCAGCGUGAAGGCGUGGAUGGACAAGGACGAGAAGAACGUGAUUGCCGUCCACUGCAAGGGCGGCAAGGGGCGCACCGGCACGAUGAUCUGCGUCUUCCUCAUCGACCUGGGCAUCUUCAGGGACGCCGAGCACUGCCUUGGGUACUUCGGCGAUCGACGCACGGACAAGAAUGUCGCCAAGAAGUUCCAGGGGGUCGAGACGCCCAGCCAGAGUCGUUACGUGGGGUACUACGAGCACGUGGUAAGAGCCAGGGGUCAGCUGCCCCCCGAGACCCCGCUGAUAGUGACCAGGAUCACCCUGAGGGGCAUGUACACGGUGGGAAACAGCGAUGGCUCCGAGUUCUUCCUGACUUUGGGAAGUCGCUGCCACACCAUUCCCUUCCAGGCUAAUCUCGCCACGCAAAAGAACUGCAAGAUCACCCUAGAGAAGAGCAAAGGCCUCGUCCACAUCCAGUUAAUCAAUGCGCCUGUGGUACGCGGAGACACAAGAGUCAUGUUCUUCACAGACAGUAGGAAUAUUCCAAAAGGAUAUGAAAAUAGUCCAUUCUUCUUCUGGUUCCACACUGGCUUCAUAUCCGGAGGAAGACUUGAACUGAGUCGUCAUGAGCUGGACAACCCACACAAGAGCAAAACGUGGAAUGUGUUUCAAGAGGACUUUGGCGUCACGGUUGACUUUGAAGAGGACACGAUGACAAAAGCCUAUUAACCAUUUCUUCAAUUACUAGUAACAUCUUGAUUUCCAUAAUAAGGUGUUGAAUUGCAGCUCUACAGGUAAAGGAAGGGAAAUCAAGUUAUUUAAAUUUUGGUUUAGAAUAAGGAAAAAAAAAAAAAUGCAUUACAGAGUAGCUAAUGCCGAACUUCUUAAAAAUGGGUUGAAAUCUAAGAAUACAUUACAUAUCUUAAUUUAACUUAAUCUGCAAAUUUAGAAUCGUGACUUAGAGAAAGAGAGACUAUGCUAGACUAGAGUUUGCUAAACUUCUAAAUGCAGUAUCUCUGUUGACUCUCCUUACGAGUCUUCUGCAACAUGGCCUUCGUAUAGAAAUACAAUUACAAUAUUGAAUGAUAUUUUAGAAUAAUUCUAUUUCAGAAAAGCUAAUUUCAUUUCUGUUGUUUGACAAUAAGAUUGUGUUAUUUAUAAAUCGUAAAUACGGAAUAUGAACUUCUUUUUUUUCUUAUGGAAUAAACUGAUUAAAAAAAUAUAUAUAUUUACUUGGUGCUCUUGAAAAUGAAAACAUUGCAUAAUAUGUACUGCCAGUGUACCAUACAUCAGUAUUUAUUUAUGAGUGCAAUUUCUGUGACUGAAAAUAUAAACAGAACUUAUUACUCUUAAACUUACUGCUGCUGUUGAUAAAACUGAUUGAUUGCUACUGUGGGAAAAUAAUCUGUUAUCUGUAUAAGAUGCAAACCAACCUUUCAGUUUCCAUUCAAAUAGUAUAUUAACAGCCAAUCUUUGCUCAGGGUAACUUUUGUAAGGCCUUUUUUACCAUCCCUAUUGAUAUCUAUGGGCAAUAGAAGUUGAUUCCGGGGAAGUCAAAUAUCCAUGUAUUAUCAAACAUCAUAAUGUAUCACUGUUGCCCUCUAUAUGUUUUGUUUUAGCAGCGUGGUCUUCUGUGUAGUUUUGUUUCUUUGGAUAUAUUAUGUUAUUUGUAUGAAUGACCGACUCAAUUCAUUUUUGUUCAUGCUGUGAUAUAUGUCCAAACCUAUAAUUUCUGUCACUAUUAUUUGUGCUUACAACAAUAAUUUACAAGUAUAUACUUCCCUAUCUAACCUUUUUGGAGCACUGUUUGAUUGUCUUAACCCUGUGAUAAAGAAAUAUCAUGAUCAUUACAUAUAUAUAUCCCAUUUUUCCUUUCAUAUUACUCUCAGAGAAUAUACCUCUACCUACUGUUGUACUUAUCAUCAUCAUAUUUAUGUAAAUAUGUACUAAUAUGUCAGUUUCUCUACGAAAGAAUCAAUUGUAAAAUAUUUCUACUCAAUUUAGAAUGUUUCAGUGUUUUGUAUCCACACUCUACAUUCAUGUCCAGUUGACUUUCCAUGGAUAUACACUUUAUCUUCUGUGAUUUAAUAUAAAAGCUUGGAAAAAAAAAGUAUUUUUGUCGAAUGUUUUAUUUCCCCAUUCCGGAACGUUAAUCUUUCUUCUCUUCAUUAAAGAACAAGAAUAAUAAAAUUCAUCCAAGUGAUGAAAAAAUAUGAUAAUAAUCAUAGUAAUGAGCAUACUAUAAAAAUGAAAAUGAUAAAAAUAAUGAUAAUCUCAACCAUCUUUUAUGAAUGAAUUAUGGGGAAAAACAUUAGUAUGAUUUAAAUGGUCGCAUCGAUAACUUGUCCCAAGCUGUCACAAAUUAUCUAAAUAAAUAUAUAUCUAAAUAAACAUAAAUCCUACUCUUAUUUUUUCCUCAUAAUUAUAUCAUACAAGAUGGCAAGGAGUAGCAUUAUCUUCAUCCUUUUCGUUUUCAGAGACCCAAGUAUUUCCCGAAUUUGGGCAACAUGAACAUGGCUAAGAAAAAGAAAAAGAAAAAAGACAAUGAGAACAUGAAGAAAAAUAGAGAAAGGAAAAAAACAAUUACAUAGAUGGAUAGAAAGCUAUAGAGAGUUAGAUGGAUAAAUGCAGAUAGAGACAUAUAAUGUUUAUCAUUUUCUUCCACACACAAUAGUCUAGGAUAUAUCAAAGGGGGAUGAGAAAAGCAGAUAUAAUAACUUCUGGAGAAAAACUUGUAAUCAGGUAUUUACAGUUAGUAAGAACUAGGAAAACUUUUGCUGUUUUAUAUUCUAUUUUAUUUUUUAAUGUUUAAUUUUUGAGUCUGUGUUGGUUUUCUGCGAUCUCACCACUUAUCAUACAGCAAGUUUAUUUACGCGUGGUAUACAGAGCGAAAGCUGGCUAGUUAUUUUAAUAGAUCCUUUUCCUAUUUCUCUACUGCAGACUUU